GUGUGGAUUGGGACAGAGCCACAGCCCAGCGCGUGCUGGCGGUUAGUGAAAGGCCCGAUGCAGACUGACGGCUCUAUUCGACACUACUGACAGCUUUCAUGCGUUUUAAUAAGGCGCUUGUUUAGUUUUUGAGAAGAAAGCGACGUGGCAGCGCCAUGGAGGUGUCCGAGGCUUUGAAUGAAGCUGAGCGGCCACUACAUCGACCUUUUCUCAUCGGGGUUAGUGGAGGAACCGCCAGCGGGAAGUCCACAGUGUGCGCUAAGAUCAUGGAGUUGCUGGGCCAGAACAAAGUGGACCAUCACCAGAGGAAAGUGACCAUCGUAAGCCAGGACAGUUUCUACCGAGUGCUCACUCCAGAACAGAAGGCAAAAGCUCUCAAAGGCCAGUACAACUUCGACCAUCCGGAUGCUUUCGAUACAGAGUUGAUGUGCCAGACGCUGAAGGACAUCGUAGAAGGGAAAGUUGUGGAGAUUCCGACGUAUGACUUCAUCACACAUUCCAGGUUACCGGAGAAGAUCUGUGUGUAUCCGGCCGAUGUUGUUCUAUUUGAGGGAAUUCUGGUGUUCUACACACAGGAAGUCAGAGACAUGUUCCACAUGAAACUGUUUGUGGAUACAGACUCAGAUGUACGUCUGUCACGCAGAGUUCUUAGAGACAUGAGGAGAGGUCGUGACUUGGAACAGAUCCUUACACAAUACACCACUUUUGUUAAACCAGCCUUCGAGGAGUUCUGCUUACCAACCAAAAAAUAUGCGGAUGUGAUAAUACCUCGUGGAGUAGACAACAUGGUGGCUAUUAAUUUGAUUGUGCAGCACAUCCAAGACAUCCUAAGCGGUGAUAUCUGCAAGUGGCAGAGAGGAACUGCUAACGGACACACCCCUGAGCGGACCUUAAAGAGGGGCGUGGACGAAGCGAGGGAGAACGCCGACGGAGGAGGGUCCAAUCCCACAAAACGCCCCCUGCUGGAACCUAGCACGCGGCCACAUUAACACCCAAACUGACACAGGGGAAUGUGUUUAAAACUUGAAAGGUAGAAUAUUGCAUGCUUCCAAUCACAUGUAAAUACACACACACAAACCCUUUAGUAAGUGUUAUGAUUCAGUAUGUAACUCAGUCAUACUGUUAAUGAAGAGAAACAGGAAGUGAAUGUUUUUUUUUUUUUUAAAUGCUGCUCAAAGAAGUCAAUUCUGUGAAAAGCUGUAUUCAUAUCAGUGUUUAUAUUGAUAUGGGGGACAUUUUAAUUAGAAUUUCUACAUUGGAGUUUUAAUGAUACAUUCUUUUCAAAUUGCACAGUCAAUAAUUCCCAAACUGUAGGCUAACUCUACAGAAAAUAAUAGUUUUUUUUGUUAACUGUUAUAAAUCAGUUAAUAGGCCCAGGAGGCAAAUAUGAUGUAUGAGUAUUAAUGUUAUGCCUAUUUGUCUCGCUUUCCUUUCUAGGCUUUUUCUGUUCAUAUGAUGAAAUGCUUUGGUACAUCCAAGUUACCUUAACGUUCCUUAAGCUUAGUGCACAUUACACGAUUUUAGCCCUGAUUCAGUGGCCUACUCAUUUUGGUGCUCAGCUCCUACACCCCAACCACAGUGUCUACUCGCUGUGCAAUCCUGUGGUGACCGCUUUAGCGACGCAAUUUUCUCACUCUGCAAACAUUUGCUGAGGUGCCAAUAUUUUUGAGCAUGUUGGAUUUUCUCUGUGAUAAAUCAUGUAGUGUGAUCCCCUCAGCGACUAGUUGCAAGUACAUCAAUGAGAAACAGCCAGUGAGAGCCUGAGGGGAAAAUCAGAUUUAUCUAUCAUGCGCAGCAGAUCCCUGAACCCAGUUUAUCAUCAGUCUGUUUGUGUGAAAGAGCGAGGGCAAAAUAUAAGCGCAAGAACUUAUUUGGCAUGACCCAAACAACACUUCCACCACAAUUUUCUCUUAUUUCUGUUUUUUUCUUGUUAAGUCACAUUAUAGAAAGCUCUUGCAUUUCUUGUUGUGAGAAAAUGGGAUUUGGGGAUCAGAGGCACUUCAGUGAGGAUCUGUUCAGAUGAAAGCUCAUGUUGUAUGUAUGCCUCAUCUGCAAGCACCUGCAUAGUGUGCACAAUGGUUACAUCCAACAAACUGAUCGCGAGUUAAAGUCAUGUAGCGUGAAAGUGUCAGCGAGUCUCAGAUUUUGAAAGUCGUAUAGUCUGCACUCGGUUUAAUGUACAUGUAUAGUACAUGCAGGACGAUCCGUAACAUCUUUUUAAAAUACCGGUAGCUAGUCUUAAUAAAUUGCACCAUCUACAGUCACGCAUAGGAAAUGCAUUUAUUUGAUUCAGUCUGCUGAAGCAGGGAUAAAAUAUAUCUCCACCGGCGACAAAUAUGAAUGACCAGAGCGGGGAUAUCAAAAGCAGAGGCAAGGAAAUCCCCCCAUUCCCCCAACCCCCUGGCAAUUCUCACCCAGUAUAUAUAUGUAUAUAUGUCUAUACAAAUUACAGUUAAAAAUUACAGUGUAGGUCAUAACAUUUCAGGACAAAGGUCCUUCAUUAUUUGUACAAGCAUAUAAUUUUAGAUAUAUAUUGAAUCAGUAACCAGAUACUGGGGGAUGAGGUGUAGUGGAAUGGUAGGAAACAUGUAAAACAGGGGUGUCCAAACUUUUUUCAGAGGGGGCCAAAAUAUUAUAUAUAUAUAUAUAUAUAUAUAUAUAUAUAUAUAUAUAUAAAACAUGUGAGAGAGUGUGUGUGUGUGUGUAAAAUAUAUAUACAUCUAUACACACACACACCAUCCACUUUAUUAGGAACACUUGUAGUGUUCCUAAAAAAGCCAAUCAUGUGGCAGCAGCACAAUGCAUAAAAUCGUUGAAUCAUAAAGGUCAAGAGCUUCAGAUAAUGUUCACACCAAACAUCACAAUGGGGAAAAAAUGUGAUCUCUGUGACUUUAACUGUGGCAUUGUUGUUGGUGCCACACGGGCUGGUUUGAGUAUCAGAAACUGCUGAUCUCCUGGGAAUUUCACACACAACAGUCUUGAGAGUUUACACAGAAUGGAGCAAAAAUCAGAAAACAUCCUGUGUGUGGAAGGUCUGUAGGCUGAAACAUCUUGUUGAUGGAGAUCAGAGGAAAAUGACAAGACUGGUCUGAGCUGAAAGGAGGUCUAUAGUAACUCAAAUAAGCUCUCUCUACAGCCGUGGUGAGCAGAAAAGCAUCUCAGAACGCACAACACAUCAAACCUUGAGGUGGAUGGGCUACAACAGCAGAAGACUACAUCAGCUUCCACUUCCAUCAGCCAAGAACAGAAGUCUGAGGCUAUCAUGGGCACAGACUCACCAAAACUGGGUAGCUGAAGACUGGAAAAAGACCAGGUGAUUUUUUUUUCUUCUUCAGCUGUCCAGUUUUGGUGAGUCUGUGCCCAUGAUAGCCUCAAAUUCCUGUUCUUGGCUGACAUGAGUGGAACCCAGUGUGGUCUGCUGCUGUUGUAGCCAUGCAACUCAUUGUCUGAUGUUUUGUGCAUGCUGAGAUGCUUUUCUGCUCACCAUGGUUGUAAAGAGUGAUUAUUUGAGUUACUAUAGACCUCCUGUCAGCUCAGACCAGUCUGGUCAUUUUCCUCUGAGCUCUCUUAUCACCAAGGUGUUUCCACCCACAAAACUGUCGCUCACUCAAUGAUUUUUGUUUUUUUGCACCAUUCUGCGUAAACUCUAGAGACUGUUGUGUGUGAAAAUCCCAGGAGAUGCGCAGUUUGUGAAAUACUCAAACCAGCCCAUCGGGUACCAGCUUCCAGGACACAAUCAAAGUCACAGAGAUCACACUUUUUUUUCAUUCUGAUGUUUGAUGUGAACAUUAACUGCAGCUCUUGACCUGUAUCUGCAUGAUUUUCUGCAUUAUGCUGCUGCCACAUGAUUGGCUGAUUAGAUAACUGCAUGAAUGUGCAGGUAUACAGGUGUUCCUUUUAAAAUGGACAGUGAGUGUAUGUCUGUGUCUAUGUGAAAUUAAGUGUAUUUACAUCCAAACUGGGUGAACGGUGUAGGGAUUACAGCACUUUUUAUAUGCGAUCCCCCUCUCUUUCAGGGACCAAAAGUAAUUGGACAAACUAGCAACCAUAAAUUGUCAUUUUGAAUACUUGGUUGCAAAUCCACUUUAGUUGAGGACUCUUUCAAGAUUUCAUGAAAGGUUUUCCAUGCUAAGUGGCUUCUAGCUCUUUUGAAAUCACCCCUUCUCACUCUUAACUUUGUGCGUUUUGUCUGUAGCCAUGACUAAUUAUCAAUUUUAUUACAUAUUAAUUAAUUUGCUGGUGUAAGUCAGAGAAAAAAAUGCUCUUGCACGUUAGCUAACUGUGUUAACACAGUCUGCUGCUGCCACUAGGCACUAGGAAAAAUUGCAACACCUUGGCCAGCAGGCCGCCUAUAAUACAUUCUGUUAGAGCCACGGGCCAGUUGCAGGCCGCAUUUGGACUUUGGACACUCCUGAUUUAAAAUAACCUUCUGCUUUAGUUUUGGCUCAGAGAGAUUGCAUCAGUGUGUAUACUCAUUAGUUUAACUGACAUCUCAUGCACUUUCUAAUUAUUUCAAAGUAUGAAAUAAUUUAUAUUUAGUGAACUAUGUAGAUUAAAUGUGUACAGCAAUAGUUUAUCUCACUGAAGCACCUGAAAAUCAUCAAAGAGAUCAUUGUGGGGUGACACUAGAUUUAGACCUUGUCCUGUUGAAACAGUUCAUUAAUGUUAACCUGGUUUUAUUGGUUUUAAAGUUGACUUUAAAGCAACUAUUAUAUAGACUUGAUUUUUCUAAUUAUACUUACUUAUUUUAUUUUCUACCAAUUAUAAUGUAGCAGGGAAUCUAGAAUGUGUAUUGCUUUAAUUUCCUUAAAGCAAGUGUCUAUAAAUGAGGCCUUAACUGCCUCACCAAUUAAUGACAUUUUGAUUAUAGUGAAUAAUAAUUUGUGUUCUUGUCUGUUUUCAUGAAAUGUGAAUGUUUUAAAAAAUUUAACUCAUAAUUCUUUACAAUUUUUUUAUGUCUGCCUUUUAAGUAUUUUAAAUAAUAAAAACCUGAUUUAAAAUGUA